AGGAUAUGGCACUGCCACUGUCGUAUAUACCCCACUGCAUUGAAUUGGUCUCCAAAGAGUUGUAAAAAGUCAGCAGGCACCGGCUGCUGAAGCUGUGACGCAAUGCCAGUAGACUACUCGGAAUACAAUAGUAGAAAUGAGGCGGUAAAAACAUGCUAUCAAAGACUUUGCUAUCCUGGACAACUCAGAAGGCUGUUUAACCUUGUAUGACGCACUGACAAAAAUAAAGGACUGGAAUAUUUUAAGGAUUUUAAUCAAUGGACAGCUGGGACUGAAAGGCAGAGGCGGAGAAAAUGAAACAGGCGUGUUUCAGGAGAUAUGGAGAAAGAAGAGAAGUUUUUUUUCAAGUGGUUGAGAAAAAAUAUUGGAUGAAAAAGAGUAAAUAACAGAAAGGAAGCAAAACUUCAAGUGACAAACAACAAUCUACAUUCCUGCAGAAACCUCCCAAAGGAAGGGAUGGAUGAGGUUGAGAAUGAAGAGUGUAAAGAAGCCAAGAAGAGUUGCCAUGGGAACAAAGGAAAGGCUUUUUGCAAAAGCUUUCGAGUUGUGAUAAGGAUUUGCCCCCGGGAUCAGAAAAAUGAUGAGAUAAAAAGCUCCAUUAAAGUGAAAGAAUCAAACAAAAUCAUAGUGGACACUGGGCGGGGCCACCAACCUCACAUGUUGGAGUUUGACGCUGUUUGGGAUGAAAAUGGCUCACAGAAAGAUGUCUAUGAAUCAGCAGCAAGGCCUCUUGUGGGCUUUGUGCUGCAAGGAUUCAAUGGAUGUGUCAUAACGUACGGGUCGCCAGCAAGUGGGAAAACAUACACAUUGCAGGGUGGAUCUCUCACAGGAAAACAAAGGGGGAUAAUCACUAGAGCUGCAGAAGAUAUAUUCAACUCACCUGAGGCAUCAAACUGCACGAUUCGAGCUUCCUUUAUUCAUAUUUCCAAUGAGAAAAUGUAUGAUCUGUUGGACAGCCAACCACAGGAAGUGAGCCGCAUCCACGAGAGCGAGGAGAGCGUGUUCCUGGAGGGGCUAACCGAGGUGGAAGUGGCCUCUGCUGAGGCUCUGCUCCAGCUUUAUAGAAGGGGGACCGCAAACAGAAAUGCAGGAGUCUCAAAGGGGGAGUUUGCCAGUAAGAGUCACAUAAUAUUUAAUAUUAUUAUUGUCAACACAAAUCUGACAGACAGUGAAGCACAGGAUAGAACAAUAACAACUAGCAGGCUAACUCUGGUUGAUUUGGCUAGCUCUGGUAGGGUAUCCAGUCGUGGAGUCGUCAGUGAUGGAAGGAGAUAUUUUCAAACUGCUCAUGAAAACCCUCAGGAGGCAAAGAUUCUCAAGAGAUCCCUUACAAUAUUUGGAAAUGUCAUCUUUGCACUAAGUUCUCCAGGUUGCCAGCAUAUACCUUACAGAGAGUCUAAGCUAACAAGAAUUUUAAGAGACUGCCUGGGGGGAAACUGCUUGACAUCUCUGAUAGUAACCGUCUCCUCAGACCUGUCCUCUGUGCACGAGACUCUGAGCACCCUACAGUUCGCCACCAGAGCGAUGGCCAUCCCCAGCCGCCCAGUCCGAAACUCCCAGAUACAGAGCUGUGCCGUGCAGGUCAGCAACUCCAAAAAUAUUGAAAAGCCAAAAACAAAUGUCGGUAGACCCCAGACUGAGUUUCCUUGUAUAGGCGACAACAAGAGUGUUCAGAUGCAGACUUGCCUUCCUCCCAUCCUCUUCAGUCCAAGUCCUCCUUCGAGAUCCAGCGAUAGGAGACGCAAAGAAUCUCUUCCCAAACUGGAGCAUCCCAGAGAACUGAGAGAACUGAAAGUCACCUUGCCCCACCUAGAGAAAUCAAGCGAGAAGAUCCCCUAUUUGAUCAAAUCCGCCCCGGCUCCAGAGAAGAACAAACUUGUGGAGGAGCGGGGCAAGUCUCUGAGGUCUCGCUCCAGCAGUCUAGUGGGACCCCCAGAUCCUCUCAGAGACAAGCAGCCCAGAAUGGAGCCAGCUUCCCCCAGAGUGUCUGUUGAGAGGCUGCCCCCUGAGAUGCUCAAAGCCCUGGAGUGCCCCAACUGUAAGAAGGAGAGGAGGAUCAGGGAUGAGUAUGACAAGUACAUCAUACAGUCCAGGAGGGACAAGGACACCCUUCAGCAGAAGAUUGCAGAACUAGAGGCUGACCUCAGGAGGUGUAAAGACGAAAGAGUUGGGGUUUCAAACAGUGGAGAGGAACAGGAAAUAAAGGACAUUGGGCAUGGGGAGACUGUGGUGGAAACACACAGGGACAAGAUGAGCAGUAUGCAGGAGGUGGAGCAGUUCCGAAAGAAUCUCCAGUGCAAGCAGGACCCCCACCCCGAAGCCAAUGAAGCUCAACUGAAGCAGACCUGCAGUGCCCGGCUCCAGCAGGCUCAGCAGGCCCAGCUUCUGCACAGGGCAGUUCUACAGGAGAGAGAUGGUCUGCUCAUUGAAAUCGAGGUACUUAAAGCCCAGCUUGAUAAGGCCCGUGAGAGAGAGAAGGCUGUGACACAGAGACUGAAAACAGAACAGGACAGAGUUACCCUGGAAACCGAGGACCUCCGGAGCCAACUAGAGAAAAGCAAGGAAAGAGAAAAACAGCAGAUUUGCAGACUGGAAAAUGAAAAGGCGAGAAUAUUUUUGGAACUGGAGGAUAUGAAAGCUGAAUUUAAAAGAUUCAAGGAUAGAGUAACUCUGACUUUAGCUGACCUGAAGAAAGAAAAGGAUGGACUUUUAAUUGAAAUAGAGGAAACCAAAAACUACAAUGAAAAGAUUAAAUCAGAGAACAGUUCUGUUUUGGAGAAGCUGGAAACCAUGCAGAGGGAGCACAGUUUGAAGCACAAUGGUUGUUACCAGGUUCCCCCUCACGAACCUCCCCACGUGCACAGCCUGAUGACAAACACUGAGAUGAUGAUGAUUCAGGUUUCCCAGCAGAGUGCUGCUGGGAUCAAAUCAGAGAGCAGUUGUUGUUUCAGUGGCUGCAGUAGCAUACAUUGUUCUGCGUUACAUCCUGGUAAAUCUUCAGCAACAAACUCAAUGGAUGAUGAGGAGGUCAUCAAAAUUAAGGAUAUGUUUAAACAGCUAAAGAGAGAACGUAACUUACUUCUGGAUGUGAUGGUGAUUAUGUAUACGAGAAGGUGGUUUAUUGAAGAAGCGAUGCCCCACGUCAAAAGGACUAUAAGGAAAUGUGGAAUGAGAUUGGAAGAUACUGACUGAAUUCACCUAUCCAUUUGUGAUGGAAAGUAUUUUGAAUUAUUUGUCAAUUUCCUGAAAACUUACAUAUGAGACUGCAUAAGACUUUGAUAUCGGAAGGUGUAAGAAAUUCCUCUACAAGGAGAGAACAAAGACAGAAAAAGGAACCUAUUUCUCUCUGCCGGAAUUUUUUUUAUUUCAUUGUUAGUGUAUAAAUAAUGUAAUGAAUGCAUUGGUAAUCUUAUAUCCAAAUUGCUGUAGUUUCCUUAGUGGAAACCAGAAUCUUAAAGUACCAAAUAUUAUUUCUAUUUAUUAAAUAAGUCACCAGAAUUGACUGUGGUUUAUCAUAUUGUAUUCCGUACACACAGAAACACAACACUUAAACUUACAUUCCACUCAUGCCAGAGUUAUGAGACAACGAUGGGUGUAAAAUUAAACUGUGGUGUUAAGAUCUUGAAAAACCUAUCCCAAUUUCAUAAUUUUUUUAUUUUUGUUUUAAUGAUAUUUAGAUUCAGAAAUAUGGGAAUAGCACCAUUUGUUGUAUUGAUGCUGGCCAGAAA